AUGGAGCGGGCUGAGCAGGGCAAGGCAGAGACGAGGGGGGAAAGCGGAGGGACGAGUGGAAGGCAGGGAGGAGGGGAGGUGGAGGAUGGAAAUAGUGGUUUUGGUGUGGGCAUGGUGGGUGAGGGGGGCGUGGGGGGCGUACAAGAAAAGGGGCAAGGGGAGGGAGUGGGAGCAGAGUAUGCAGGGUGCACCACGUGCUGCACUCCUUCCUGCCCUGCCUUCCGCCGCCUUCCCCUCAUUCCCCCUCCCUUCCCCGCGCUCUCCCUCCCAGCCCUCGCCCACCACCUCAUCUACUCGUGCACCCAUCCUCCCGCGUCAGCUGGUGCAGCGAGCGCAGGCAGCGCCGUCACUGCUGGCGUGUGUGGCCCGCGGCCCCUCGUGGCCCACAUGCACGUGGCGCUACUGCACCUGCUGCUGCCCGCCUCCAUGCCUGCUGAGGCCGCACGCGAGGAAAUCGGAGCAAGGGAGAGGGACGGCAGAGGGAAGGAGAGGGAAGCAACUGGAACCGAAGCGAGAGUUGGCGUUGUGAGUGGUAGUAAUGGUGCAACCUCUGCUGCUGCUGCUGCAAUGGGCUCUCCUGCUUCCCUCACAGGCGAGAAAAUGGGCUUGAGUGCUGCUGUUGUCAGUGAUGCCAGCUCCGACCUGCUCAUGUGUCCCAUUGAUGAGCUGACGUGGCCUGAGGUGGCGUGCAGGGUGCUUGCCGUCAGCACUGUUUUGCUGCAGGAGGAGAGGAAUGAAUGGAGGGCGCAUGGAGGGGAUAGAGAGGAGGGGAGACAAGGGAAGCGUGGAGCGGAAAGGCGGAGGAGGGGAGCAAGCAAGGGGGGCAGAGCGCAUGGGGAGGAGGAAGUCACCCGAGGCAGCGGUAGGGAGGGUGGGAGGCAAGGCCAAGGGGGAGCAGGGGGGCAAGGCGGGCGGGGGGUGGGCAGAAGGGAGCAGGGUGGUCGCAGCCCGAGGGAGCAGGGGCGGCUGACACGGUGCAUUGCGGGCGAUGGCGGGCUGCUGUUGGGCACUGGCUGGGCACCCCUGGGGCCAUGCAGGAUGCUGCUGUGA